AUGGCGGACAUUUUGAUACUGAGCAUGUCACUAUCAACUCCUACUCUAGUAAACUCAGUCAAAUCCAACAGUUCAAUCAGCAGGUUGCUUCGGUGUCCUGACAGCUUCCAGAUUAGGUGAGCUCUCUAAUGGCAAUCACUGUGAAGAGUUUACUGAAUGGAGUCACAGCUUUCGCGUAUUAUUAAAGGGGGAAAUUAGUGUCACCUCAUAAUUGGUGACAUUGUGCCUCAGCCACUGUCUGAGCCCGUCAGUUUACUGGAGCGGGGAAUGGGGAACGAUAGGAUAGAAGCGCAUUCAAAAGCCGACAUUCUGGUGUGACCGAAAUGUCUUGGGAUUCUGCUUCAAAAUCACUAACAUUGCAACCAUACUUGGAGCUUUAUUUUCGAAUCGAAACCGCAUUUCAGAAUUUUCGGUCAAUAUUUCACGAGGUAGCACAUCUACUGUAUUUUACCAACCAAACUAAUGCUUUUAUGGCAGCUUUUUUCCUGUCUUUCAGUCUGCCAUUUUCCUUAGCGGUGGUUUUACGAUAUGCAGCUUGGACUAAACUUUUAUCAAAACGACCAAAAAUCUAAAAAUUAAAGCAUCAGAUGUAGGCGUGAUUACGCAAGCUCCUUCAUGGAGUGGUAGGAACCAAGUUGUUUUGACUUGCAUAGAUAUCGCACAGUUGUUUUCACUGGAAUUCAUCUCAAAGUCCAAAGGAGCUGUCAAGACCACAUUUAAUGAGUCAGGCUGAGUACCGAGAAAUUUCUACACAUUCGCUUGUUAUCUGAUAUGGCGACAGCCUUCCGACUAUCCUGUUUUGGUUGUUUGCUUGAGAAAUUUCUGCAUGACUUUCAGACCAAACAUUCACGGAGUUUCUGCAUAUACUGUCAAAUGUUCCACCCAAUAAACCACCUGCAAUUACUUGAAAUUAUGAUUCACUGAGACAAGUUUUUAAUUAUUACUUGCCAUUUAUCAUUUCUGAAAGUCAGUUAGACCACUUUUGUCAUGGCAAAUUGUAAUUAUAUUUUGUUUAGAAGGAAGUUCAAUUAAAAACCCUGCCGCGAUCGCAGACGAGACACCCCCUAGGAAUAAACACACAAAAGGACUACAGUAACAGCUGCUUCCGAAAAACCUUUAAAAGUUAUUUGUCCUAACUUCAACCACAAAUCUGCAUCUCGGUGGUCAAGCCCAAAAGGCAGUCGAACAUACUACAUUAAUUCUGCAGUUAUCACCCCAAUAUUUCUGAACGACCAUUAUUUUUUAACAAUUUAUGCGCAUAACUUUCGCGCCUCCGGUCUGAGUCAGCAGCAAAGGUCCGAUUAGACGAAAAUAUUUUGUGCAAAGAUUUUACAGGCCAGAGCUGCCAACUAAACCACUCUGCUGACUUUAUGUCACUGACCAAGUUUCACAGCGCGUGUGAAAGUCCGCUUCACCCGCCCAUCCUUCUGUCAGCAAUGCUGCUGCUGUUGCUGCUGUUGCUGCUGCUGCUGCUGCUGCUGCUGCUGCUGCUGCUGCUGCUGCUGCUGCUGCUGCUGCUGCUGCUGCUGCUGCUGCUGCUGCUGCUGCUGUACUUGACCACUCCAACUUACCCAAUACUGUACUUCUGCGACAGGGCAGCGGUGAGGGCUUUUGA